CUUCAUACUGCAGUAUCUGAAAAGAUGUCAUUGUAAAGUUGGUGAACAGAACACAUGUCAUACUAUAUAAUAUCAUCUCAUAUCAUCAUGUAAACCAAAACAAUUGUUUAAUACCAAUUGAACAAUCACAUAAUCGAGGGAGGAUGCAAAUUGCAAAAGCAGACAACAAUUUUUUGUACAAAAAGGUUGGGCACUUGGACAUUUUUAAUAAAAUUUUGUGGCAGGCAGCUCCAACUGAAACGUGCUGGUAUAUGGUGUGAACCAGGAAGCUGCACCUGCAGUGGCUUACUGGCAAUUGUGCACAUCAUCAACAGUGUGGAUGUGUGGCCACUACACCUUAUUCUUGACCCAAUCCUCCUUUCUAUAUUGUGAAUACGACUGCAACAUAAGCAGCUUGCUUUGUUUUCUUCUUCCUCCUCUUCCUCAAAGCAUCAUCAGGUCCAUUUCAUUUGCACAUCCAAUCAGAAUCAGGCGUAGGCACCAUUUGCUUGGAGGCCAUGCAGAAGCAGCAGCAACUCCAUUCCUCAUGCAAGAAGUGCAGCAAUAGAUGUUUCAUAGAUUUCCUUAGGUUCAAUCUUGCCUUUGCGCUGCUGCUAUUGCUCUCUCUGGCCUCUCCCACCAGCUCAUGCACAGAGCAGGAGAGGAGCUCCCUCCUCCAGUUCCUCUCUGGCCUCUCCAACGAUGGCGGUCUCGCGGUGUCAUGGCGGAAUGCCGCAGACUGCUGCAAAUGGGAAGGGGUCACCUGCAGUGCAGAUGGGACGGUCACCGAUGUCUCGCUGGCUUCCAAGGGCCUUGAGGGGCGUAUCUCGCCGUCCCUUGGCAACCUCACCGGCCUGCUGCGCCUCAACCUGUCCCACAACUCGCUGUCCGGUGGCUUGCCGCUGGAGUUGAUGGCGUCCAGCAGCAUCACCGUCCUUGACAUCAGCUUCAACCACCUCAAGGGAGAGAUACAUGAGCUGCCGUCUUCCACCCCGGUCCGGCCUCUCCAGGUACUGAACAUCUCGAGCAACUCGUUUACAGGACAGUUUCCAUCUGCCACAUGGGAGAUGAUGAAGAAUCUGGUUAUGCUGAAUGCCAGCAACAACAGCUUCACGGGACACAUACCGAGUAAUUUCUGCAGCAGCUCAGCAUCCCUUACAGCGCUUGCACUCUGUUAUAAUCAUCUUAGUGGCAGCAUCCCCCCUGGUUUUGGUAACUGCUUGAAGCUCAGAGUGCUCAAAGUUGGUCACAAUAACCUCAGCGGGAAUCUCCCGGGUGAUCUCUUCAACGCUACCUCAUUGGAGUACCUCUCUUUCCCAAAUAAUGAGUUGAAUGGAGUAAUUAAUGGUACACUCAUAGUGAACCUCAGAAAUCUGUCAACUCUUGAUCUUGAGGGGAAUAACAUUACCGGAUGGAUUCCAGACUCUAUAGGCCAGCUCAAAAGGCUGCAAGAUCUCCAUUUGGGUGAUAAUAACAUAUCUGGGGAGCUUCCAUCAGCCCUGAGCAACUGCACACAUCUCAUAACGAUUAACCUCAAGAGAAACAACUUCAGCGGCAAUCUUAGCAAUGUGAACUUCUCCAACCUGUCCAAUCUAAAAACUUUAGAUCUCAUGGGCAACAAAUUUGAAGGUACAGUUCCAGAAAGCAUUUACUCUUGCACCAAUCUGGUCGCACUUCGGUUAUCUAGUAACAAUUUACAAGGUCAGCUUUCGCCAAAAAUAAGUAAUUUGAAGUCCCUUACUUUCUUAUCGGUUGGUUGCAACAACUUGACAAAUAUCACAAACAUGCUAUGGAUCCUCAAGGAUUCUAGGAACCUCACCACCCUUCUUAUCGGGACCAACUUCUAUGGCGAAGCCAUGCCAGAAGAUAACUCAAUUGAUGGUUUUCAGAACCUUAAGGUUCUUUCCAUAGCUAAUUGCUCAUUGUCUGGAAAUAUACCUUUAUGGCUGUCGAAGCUAGAAAAGUUGGAGAUGUUAUUUUUGCUAGAUAAUCGACUCAGUGGAUCUAUACCUCCUUGGAUCAAAAGACUAGAGUCACUGUUCCAUCUAGACCUAUCAAAUAACAGCCUUAUAGGGGGGAUUCCAGCUUCUUUAAUGGAGAUGCCAAUGCUAAUAACAAAGAAGAAUACCACCCGUUUGGAUCCAAGGGUAUUUGAGCUACCUAUAUAUAGAUCUGCAGCGGGCUUUCAAUACCGGAUAACCAGUGCUUUCCCAAAAGUGCUGAAUCUAAGCAAUAAUAACUUCAGUGGUGUGAUCCCUCAAGACAUCGGUCAGUUGAAAUCACUCGACAUCCUCAGUUUAAGUUCGAAUAAUUUAUCAGGAGAAAUUCCACAGCAGCUCGGCAACCUGACAAAUUUGCAGGUGCUAGACUUGUCUAGCAACCAUCUCACAGGUGCAAUCCCAUCAGCAUUGAACAACCUGCACUUCCUUUCUACAUUUAAUGUUUCUUGUAAUGAUCUUGAAGGGCCUAUUCCAAAUGGAGCCCAGUUUAGUACAUUCACAAAUUCUAGCUUUUACAAGAACCCAAAGUUAUGUGGCCAUAUUCUUCAUCGCAGUUGUCGUUCAGAACAAGCAGCAUCCAUUUCCACAAAAAGUCACAACAAGAAAGCCAUUUUUGCAACUGCAUUCGGUGUCUUCUUUGGAGGAAUUGCUGUUCUUCUAUUUCUGGCAUAUCUUCUUGCCACUGUAAAGGGUACAGAUUGUAUAACCAACAACAGGAGUAGCGAGAAUGCAGAUGUAGACGCAACUUCGCACAAGUCUGAUUCAGAGCAAUCAUUAGUUAUAGUAUCACAAAACAAGGGAGGUAAAAACAAGCUCACCUUUGCUGACAUUGUGAAGGCUACAAAUAACUUCGACAAGGAGAAUAUCAUUGGGUGUGGAGGCUACGGGCUAGUAUACAAGGCCGAUUUACCUGAUGGCACCAAGCUGGCCAUCAAGAAGCUUUUUGGUGAGAUGUGCCUGAUGGAAAGAGAAUUCACUGCAGAGGUUGAAGCACUUUCUAUGGCACAGCAUGACAAUCUUGUACCACUGUGGGGUUACUGCAUACAGGGAAAUUCAAGGCUCCUUAUAUAUUCUUAUAUGGAGAAUGGGAGCCUAGACGACUGGCUUCACAACAGGGACGAUGAUGCGAGUACAUUUCUUGACUGGCCGAAGCGGCUCAAAAUUGCCCAAGGAGCAGGCCGGGGACUUUCUUAUAUCCAUGAUGCCUGCAAGCCACAUAUCAUCCACCGUGAUAUCAAGUCCAGCAAUAUCCUACUUGACAAAGAAUUUAAAGCUUAUGUUGCUGAUUUCGGGCUAGCAAGAUUAAUCCUUGCCAACAAAACACAUGUCACUACGGAGCUAGUUGGUACUCUGGGCUACAUCCCACCUGAAUAUGGACAAGGAUGGGUUGCUACUUUGAAAGGCGAUAUUUACAGCUUUGGAGUUGUCCUGCUUGAGCUGCUCACAGGAAGACGACCUGUCCAUAUCUUGUCUUCAUCCAAAGAACUUGUCAAGUGGGUACAGGAGAUGAAAUCAGAAGGGAAUCAGAUUGAGGUCCUGGAUCCAAUACUGCGAGGGACAGGAUAUGACGAGCAAAUGCUGAAGGUGCUAGAAACUGCUUGCAAGUGUGUCAACUGUAAUCCCUGCAUGAGGCCGACUAUAAAGGAAGUAGUCUCCUGCUUGGACAGUAUAGACGCCAAACUGCAGAUGCAAAAUUCAGUCAAAACUUAAGAUAGGAUGCAGUUAUACAGGAUUAUCUUGUAUACCAGUGCACAUAGUACAUGUAAUUUGCAAGAAUGACUACUCCAGUCUAAUCCUUUGUACAGCUUUUUGACAGAUUCAUUUCUCCCUUUAUCAGGGUAAAAUGUAUACCAUGAUGAAAAAAAAAGUCCUAAGAGGUUAUGAACACA